GUAGAAUAUUGCAAUCUGAUCUAAGAUGCUAAGUCAUCGAAAGCCGAGGUUAUUUUUUUUUAAGAACCUUGCUCUGCAGGAUACAAAUCUGCAGAUGAGAUGGAGUCGAUAUCACUGGCAGCUCAUUAUCAGUUAAGGUAAAAUAGUACAGGUAUUGUGCUUACGAGAAUAUAGCAGACUGAGAAAAAAAAAGUGACAAUCUAAGCUCAGUGACGUAGCUCAUAUACGGCCUCAGGAAAGAGGGUUGACAGCACCGCUUGCAAAUUAUUCAUCGAUCCAUAGUGGUACAUUAGGUAAUGUUUAGCAUAUAUAAUUGUUGUGUCAAAGCAAGGCACCAGCAGGAUUCAAAAUGGUCCUUUGUUGUUUGUGUCUGUGCAAUUGUCACUCAAGUGAUGGUUUUGGGAAUAAUGCGUAGCUUUGGUGUGCUUUUUCCCGUACUGAUGGCAGAGUUUGAAACAAGUAGAGAAAAAACAGCUUGGAUAGGUUCCCUUUGCAUAUCACUGGCACUAUUCGCUGCUCCCUUUGUUGGACGACUCUCUGAGAAGUUUAGUUGUCGUUGUUUGAUCAUGACUGGAGCACUUCUGUUUGUAACAGGACUUAUGGCAACGUCAUUUAUUAACAACAUCGCCAUCAUGUUCAUCACUUACAGUAUUCUUACGGGACUAGGAGCAUGUUUCUGUCGUACUUCAUGUUUUCUAAUAGCAGCUAAGUACUUCAACAAGAGGCGAUCUUUUGCGACAGGGAUGAUAACCAUGGGGUCCAGUUUAGGACUGUUUGUAUGGGGCCCUAUAACACAGGUUCUACUUGAUUCAUUUGGCUGGAGAAACACAUUUAGAGUGAUGGCAGCCACAUGUACCCUCAUUUUUCUCUGUGCCAUGACUUUUAAUCCCAAUGUCGAGGAGAAAGACUCAGUUCCAGAAGGUGCUGCUGAGAAGCAAAACAUAGGAGAGAGUGAUGACAACGAUGUUGAAAAUGAUGACAACAAUGUUGAGAAUGAUGACUGUAGCAAAGACUUUGAAGCUAGAGAGGAGAAAAUGAAGAUUCUUGAUUUUUCAAUAUGGCGGAUGCCCCAGUACUGUAUACUUGUUUCUUCCUUCUCACUGAUGUAUUUGUCUCGCUUUAUACCUGUUGUUCAUCUAGCUAAGUACAGUGAGGAACUGAACAUUUCAGCGGAUCAAGCCUCGUUCUUGUACAUGUUCCUUGGAAUCUCAGGAGGCAUGUCUGCAUUCCUGAUUGGCAGAUUGUGUGACGUCAAAUGGAUCAAUAUUCGUUAUGUAAAUCGUCUUGGAAUUUUGGGUUGUGGAAUAGCUACACUGCUGCUACCUCUUGCUAAAAACUAUAUUUCUGUUGCAUUCUAUUCUGUUGUGUUUGGGUUUGCAGAUGGAUCCUUCAUCACAACACAAAAUGUAAUUCUCUUGAAUAUUGUUGGGCCCAAGAGACGUGCUGCUGCAUUUGGGUUUGGGUGUAUGUUGUGUUCUUUGGCCUUAGCUGCAGGUCCGCCCUUGGCAGGCUUCAUAGCUGACCAACUAGCUUCAUACAAGUUUGCAUUUUACACAGCGGGCUCUCUGAAUCUUCUCAGUGCAGCUAUUCAGAUGCUUCUGGUCUGCUUUGAGCCUCCAGUCAAGGAGAGUGACGGAGAAAGUAAUACUGCUCUGACUAUCAAAGUGGUUACAGUCUCUGAGAAAGUCUGCAAAGAAAGACAACAUGAAAAAGCUGACCAUAAAGAACUCUUGGGAGGUCUUUAUGUGAAAUCACUGUUGAAAAAGAGCAGUAGUAUCAGUGCUUCGGUGGAGAGUAUACAGUUCCUUUAAUCCUUUAUGCCCCAAGAUCAGUAUGCACAUUCUCCAUAGUGUUCUCUUUACAUUUCCUAUCAUGAUAAUGAAUAGGAGAAUUUCUUCAACAAUCAAGAAUUUGUUAAGUUGGCUAUCAUUUCUAUCAUUCUCACAACCUAGGUGUUUGAUUCAGUGGUCAUACAGUGAGGAGAAAUCAUAUGCUGGUCAAUUGUAGGGUUAAGAGAUUAAAGAAACAUUUUUUUGCAGAAUUAUUCUAUAGUAAUAUGUUUUAUUACUUCUUUGUUUACAAUAACUAAGUUGUAGCUGUGAUAGAAAUGGCAAUAUUGUUAACAAUGAUGAUUCAUAUUGAUUGCAAUAAUAGUCAAUAAUCAUAAAUGACUUUCAUAGUUAACAAUUUUUCUUGAAAGUGGUGGUGAAUAGAGGUGGAUAUGGGUAAAUAUCCACUGCUUUCACUCAGACAAUGAGGUGAAUACUUGUUUCAGAAUCACACAGAUACAGGAAAAAAUGUUAAUGUCUUUCAAUAUACCAAAAAAUGGUUGGAAAUUGAACACUUGACACAUGACUUUUUAUCGUCAGCUGCUCGAACGUGAUUAGUACUUGAUAUUCUUUUGUGAACCAGCCAAUCAGCGCAUGCGAAAAGCUAGCACUAUUGACUUGUGUGGUAUAUACUAAUAAUUAUGAUAAUCACAACAAUAUUAUCUAGCAUUUUUCUAAGAAUCUAACAAUCUAGAAAUGACAUUAAAAUUUAAGUAUCUAUAAGAACACACUAUUUAUGCUUUUUAGCUUCUCUAUUAUUUGUGUCUCAGUCACCCUUUACUGAAACAAUUCCUCUAAAACUUAAUUAAUUUUUUUACUUUUAGUUCAUCUAUUAUCUACGAGUCCUAAUUGUGAGGCACUUGAUCUUAAAUUAUAUUUUACAUUGCAUUCACUACAAAAUUCACCUUUAUCUCAGUCUAGAAUUGAAGUGCAAUUAUUUAUCUUUGAUAUUUUACCAGUGAUGAACUAUUUAUUGUUUUAACAAAUGUGAAGCUCAUUUGAGUAUGAUUGUUUGUGCACAUUAUGAGACCCCAAUCAAUCAAACUUUUUAUACUCAAUCAAGUUUAGAUUUAUUAAAAUAUAUAAUAGCAA